AAGAGAGUCAGUCAGUCAGUCUUUUUGACUUCGUUCACGAAUCCCCACUUCGGAUGGUGAUAACUCCUUCCCAGGAUCCCCUAGCGUAUCUCCGGCCGACGCAACUCCCGCCUCACCGCUGCUUUGCUCCCCACCGCUAGCCUGGCUUUUGCCCGCCAUGGCCUCAUCCUAUCGCCCGUCCUCGUCCUCUUCUUCUCGCUUUGCACCCCCGGAUUCUGGGCUUUCUGCUCAUCCGAAGCCCUUUUCUGGUCCUCAGGCUUCAUCAAUCACCCAUUCCAUCAAUCAGUAUUCCCACGUCUUCCUCCUAUCCCCAUCCCCCAUCCCCCAAUCCCCUCCUACACCCACCCAUAUUCAUCACCCUCUUAUUUGUUUUUUGUACCACCCAGCGUGUGUCUAUCUAUCUGUCUGUCUGUCUGUCUGUCUAUUUGUCUAUCUGUCUGUCUUGCCGUCUGUCUAUUUGUCUAUCUGUCUGUCUUGCUGUCUGUCUAUCGCUUGAGUUUUAUUCUUAUUUUUUUUUUUUUUCUACUCUCCCAUCUUAUUCAUUUCUUUUUUUCUCCUCUCUUAUUUCCCUCUCUCAAAG